UCCAAGAUGGCAAUAAUUAUGCGAGGGAAAUACGAAAUGAACGAUCUUUACUUGUUGUCUGUGGUUGGGGUGGGAGUUCGAGUGCUGAAUCUACAGAAAAUUUUACAGUCUCGCGCAGACCUCUCGACUGACUGUUCAGUCACAUUUAGAAAAAGACUAUAUCGAUUCUGCAACCAGAAGUUUCGAUGCUUCUCUUCUAAUCAAUGACGUUACGAGAUUCGACGUCCAAUCGCAUUUCAGUUUCUGUGCAAAAUAAAAUUACAUCUCGACAAUCGUACAAAGUAGAUAAAUCUGGGUUAAUGCGAAUCUUGCCACCUUCUAUUAUAACCUUGUCCAUAAAUCGACAAGAGAGCGGAAAUCGCUAAGAUUAGUGCUUUGUGUCAUAAAUUGAAUUUAUUCCGGUUUAAUGAGUAAUGAAAAAAUUGAUUCGACGAAUACCGUGUGUCACUCCGUGGAAUUUGGUCUACGUGCAAUCGGCGUAUGGCCGGACACGUCGUACGCAAUUUUGCGCCGAAUUUUGUACAUAUCUUCAAUGGUGGUGUUUCAGACUUUUCAGUAUCGAUAUUUAAUCAUGCAUUUCGGCAAAGAGGAUCUUUUUAUUCUGAUGGACGUAUUGAGCAUAACUCUGGCUUACAGUCUUGUAUUAAUUAAAUUGAUAAUUUUCGCAUGCAAUGCUCAUCUGCUGAAUGAAAUCAUAACGCGUAUAGUCGAAGAUUGGAAGAGACAUGAUGUCUCCGAAGAGUACACAAUGACCAGAAUAGCUUACCUCUCUCGUCGGUUCUCCAACUUAAUAAUUACCAUGUACAUGAUAUCAGUGUUCCUCUAUGCUACUGGUACUCUACUUAGGUAUAAUAGUAACAAUCAGACCGAUGCUCGAGAGCUCAUUCUCAAGAUGGAAUUACCUUUUGAAAUGAAGAGCACAUCGGUAUAUAUCAUUGUUUUAAUUACACAGUUUAUUCAUCAGAUCAGUGCGGCCAGUACAACAGGCGUAUUAAACUCCUUAUUGAUAAUAUUAGUGCUUCACGCCUGUGGGCAGAUCGAUAUAAUGCGCCAUAAGUUGAGUGAAAUUACACAAAAGAACACUGAACGAGAUAUUACCGAAACUAUUAUGAAGACUUUGAUCAUUCGUCAUCAGAGAAUCAUCUCGUUUUCCAAGGAUAUCGAGGUCUUGUAUUCAAGCAUUGCUCUAAUACAAUUUGUCUCAAACACUUUAGUUAUCUGUUGUUUAGGAUUCCUUAUUGUGAUUUCAAUAGGUGUCCCGGGAGGAUCGGCAGUAUUAGUGAAAUCCAUUUUAUUUUAUGUUGUCAUCUGCUUAGACGCAUUUAUCUUCUGUUUCAUCGGAGAAUAUCUCAGCACAAAAAGCAGAAUGAUCGGCGAUGCGGCGUAUGAAUCACUUUGGUACGAAUCAAAUCCGAAUUUGAAUCGAAAUAUUCUUUUAAUGAUUGUAAGAUCGCAGAAGCACUUGACACUCACGGCUGGAAAGUUUAUGGAUCUUUCUUUGCAAGAAUUUGCAAACAUCGUGAAAGCAUCAGCGUCAUAUGUAUCGGUGUUACACGCGAUGUAUUGAAGUAUAUCGUACUUUACGCGUCGCUUACGACCUCGCGUGCAGAAAAGGAUAUAUGUAGUACUCUUUUCCUACCGCCAGCUGUUUACACGAUUAACAAUUUUCCUAUUCAGAGACUCGACGGGGUUUUACAUCAAGUGUAUGCAUGUAGAUGAGCAGGAGUAUCGUUUACCAAAGCAUCGAUUCUUCUGACAACUUUACUUUGCCCGCAGAGCAUAAAAAGGGAGUUAUAAAUACUGAUCUAAAUGGGAUCUUUUAAUCAAUGUAUUUCACUAAUCCUGA